AUGAUUUGUUUGAAAAUUAAUGGACAUCAGCUGAGAAAUAUUUUUAAAUUCUUAAUUGUACUUUUCUGUCCAUCUAUAAGAACAAAAACCAAAAUAAGCAAACUGGAGCGAUUACCAGAAUAUCUUCGUGAUACCGUGGACUGGUUCAUUGGAAAAGCAAGACGUAAAGAGAAAGAAGGAACAGAAACAACUUCAAAUGAUUCAAAGUUAUAUUUAGAAGCUACUGUUUUAGAAAGAAAAUUGCCAGAAAUGGAUAUGAGACUUUUAGUUGAUUUACCAGCUGGUCUUGACUACAAUGAAUGGUUAGCAUCACACACUAUGGCUUUAUUUGAUCAUGUCAAUUUAGUUUAUGGUUCAGUUAGUGAAUUUUGUACUUCAUCCAGUUGUCCAGAUAUGACGGGUCCCGGCCAAAGGACUUACUUAUGGUUUGACGAAAAAGGAAAAAAGACAAAAGUUGCUGCACCCCAGUAUAUAGAUUAUGUGAUGACAUUUAUCCAAAAAACUAUUAGUGAUGAAACUAUUUUUCCUACCAAAUAUGCAAAUGAGUUUCCCUCGUCUUUUGAGUCAAUAGUGAGAAAAAUAGUUAGGUUGUUGUUCCAUGUGAUGGCGCACCUUUAUGCCGCCCACUUUAAAGAAGUCGUUAUGUUGGGUCUUCAUGCCCAUCUUAAUUUGACUUUUGCCCAUUUGACUGCUCUUCAUUAUCGCUUCUCAUUAAUAGAACUAAAAGAAACAGAAAUACUACGAGACCUCGAAGUCGCGCUUAAAUUGACGGAAGAUAACACACCAGAAAAUGUUAAUAAUAGUGACAAAUCCGAAUCUUCGGAUGUAGAAUCGAAAAUUACCUUAACAGAAGGAAGCUGUGAAUUGAACGAGGUUAUGGAAGGACAGUUAAGGUUGGAUCAAUCAAAAAACAUUCAGUCAUCAACAGAUUGAAGCCUUCUGGUUCUGAAGCGAGAGGGAUAAAGAACGAGCAUUGAGAAUUUUCUUAAUCUAGAUCGUGUUAAAUAUUAAGCAAGAGGUUCUAGCUCAUAUAUACAUAUAUAUAAUUGGAAGGGAUAUUUGUUCUAUAUCCGUUCAGCUUUCUCAAGGACAAAUAAUUAUUGGUAGAUACGCAAAUAUUAACUUGUAAAUUUGCACGAAAUAUUUCAGAAAUCUACGUUUAUGCGGCUCGAAGGACCAAAAUGUUAUUUAUUUAUUGUUAUCAAUUAAAUGUUUGGAACCUU